CCAACCAGUGUUUUGUACUUUGUUUUGCUACUGUCCUUUUGAACUGGACUCUCCUUUUUAUUAGAAAAUGGCAAUGUCAGCGCUCGUCCACGUUCUCAUACCUUUCCUGCUUUGCAUUGCGCUUGCAAACACUCACAUUUUCGACAACGUUUUGGUGGAUGUCACUUAUGAUCACUAUGCGGAAAAGAAAGUCGACAACCUUCCUGCUUUCUUGGCCAUGCCGUUUAACUGUCUGAUAAACUUGGGAUACAUAUUAUUAGGUAUCUACUGGAUCUUGCAACCGAUGUCAGACAAUAGAGACACCUGUACAGCCGUCUACACCAAAGACGUGUUUGCGCUAAUGGCAGUGGCCUAUGGGCCGGUGCAGUGGGUCCGUUUGGCCACCUUGCGGCGCACGCCCUCUGUUUUGGACCAGUGGUUCACUUUACCUAUUUUCGCGUGGGUGCUGGUGUGGUAUCAUGUCGUUGACAAAGGCUGGUCGUCCCGUUACGCCUUGAUGGUGGAAUCGUGCUCUGUUCUCAGCUAUGGACUGGCGCUCUUUCACGACCGAGGGUUUGAAGUAGCCCUGGGUUGUCACAUCGCCUUCGCCGUGUUCAAAGGCGUCCGAGCGCACAUGAGCCUAGGAGACACUGCGUCCAUGCGCUACCUCUGCUUGGCCCUGCUGUCCUGCGCUGGUUUCGUGGUUCUCAAGCUUCUGGAUCAUUCUCUUGCCGAGUACUGGGUGUUUCAAAAUCUUACUGGACAUUUCUGGUCCAAAGUUUGCGACAUUCUGCAGUUUCAUUACAGCUUUUGUUUUCUCACCCGCCUUAGUGAAAAUGCACACAAACGCUCUUCAUAAAUGCGCAUACAUUUAUUCAGCUGAAUAAUAAGGCAAUGAACAUAACAUGUACGAACCCUAAUUUAGUCUUGUCUUCAACAGUAAUAUUAUGUCACUGACAUGUACAAAUUCUAACGAUUAAUGUGAUCAAAGAUUUGUAAAAUUAAACUAAUUUGAUGCUUUGUUCAGUUUUGUUCAAAACAGUCAGAAAAUAACUUUGUAAUUAAUUGAUUUUUAAGGAAAACUCAUAUAUGUGAAAUACUUGGAUUUCAUCUAGUAGAAUACAGUAUUAUCAAAUCAAUAUACUGUAUGUGUGUGUGUGCUUGUUUAUGUGGUUUAUGAGGACAUAUAGGUGUGACAGAGGUAUUACAGCGUGAAGGUGAUUUAUGAGGACACUUUCGGUGUCCCCGUAAUUCAAAAGGCUUAAAAAUCAGUCAGAUUUAGUUUUUUUUUUUUUUAUCUAAAAAUGCACAAAGUUUUCUGUAAAGGGUAUGUGUAGGGUUGAUAUAGGCCGUUACAGUAUAAAAAUCAUUACGCCUAUGAAGAGUCCCCAUAAACCAUAAAAACCAAUGUGUGUGUGUGUGUUUACAAAUUCACUAUUUGAUGUAUUUUAAUGUGUGUGUGUAGUUCAUGAUGUCAUGUCCUAAGCUUCAUUCUCAGGUUUGUCAAUUUGAAGAUGAAUACAAAAUGAAUGUAAAUGCACAAUAUAAUUAUAGACAGCCUGUCAUAUAUUCCUUAACUUGACGCAUUAAAACAAAACU